UUUUUUUUGGUUGGUGGGUGGACACACACUCGCGCUCCUCUCGCUCCUCUCGUAUAAGAACGGAUCUGAUAUGGAGACCCCAUCACACCGCACAUCGCUUUUACGCAGAAAAGAUGAGCAGAGCGCAAUCCAACCCGGGCUUGAAACUAAUGGUGCUCUUCACGGCAUCUCUGUCCUGGGCUCAUCAGCCACAAGCCAUGCCACCGAUGUACCUGCACAAAGACCCCGUGACAUCCGAACUCCUGUCUUGCAGCCAGUGCCCCCCUGGCACAGCUGUAAAGCAACACUGCACCAAAGGCGAGGCAACAGAGUGCCACCCCUGCCCUGAGAGGCAGUUUGCAGAGAACUGGCACUGGGGUGACACUUGCCAAUACUGCACCUCAGUGUGUAAGGAGAGACAGCUAGUGAAGCAGCAGUGCAACAGCACCCAUGACCAGAUCUGUGAGUGCGCUCCAGGUUUCCACCUAGUGGUGGAGUUUUGCAUUGCACACAGUACCUGCCCACCUGGCUAUGGAGUGACAACUUUAGGGACCCCAGUGAGCGACACUGUGUGUGAACCUUGCGCUGAUGGUUAUUUCUCCGUCGGAGGUUCCUCCACUGAUCCAUGUCGACCCCACAGGAACUGCUCAGAACUGGGCCUGUGGACACUCAAAUGGGGGACAUCUACUUUCAACAGUCUCUGUGGCUCACCAGAAAAGAGAACAACUCUGGACUGUUCUCAGAAUCACAUUUUGUGCCAUACUGAUGUGACCCUUUGUGAGGAGGCCUUCUUCCAGUCCUUGGCUUCACUGCAUCUGUCCUCAGUUCCCCUUGAACGUCUUCUGGACAGUCUUCCUGGACGCAGGGUGGACCACAAAAGCCUGGAGAGGCUGAAGAAGGCCUGCUCUCCUCAGCAGCAGGUCCUGCACCUGCUGCGGAUGUGGCGGGAGCAAAAUAAGGACCACGACAAGCUAAAUGGCAUCAUGCAAGGAGUUAACCACUGUGAGAGGAAAGUCUCCCGCUGCAAUGGUCUAAAAAACAUCACCUUUGAGGACCUCAUGAAGGUAGCCAACAGCCUGCCAAGGAAAAAAGUUCAGGAGGUGGAUGUACUGGCUGUUUUCUCCACCUGCCUGCCCAGACAGCACAUCCUGCAGAUUCUCCAUCUCUGGAAAGCAGCAAACAGCAAUAUAGAUCUGGCAAAGGGCCUGUCCCAUAGUCUGAGGGUGCUGCGCAGCCAGGGGGCACCCCGUUAUCUCCUGAAAGGCCUCAAGAAGAUCAGCAGAAUCAUAGAAACAACGUCCACAUACAAGAUGUACGAGAAGAUGUUUGUUAGCAUGCUGCAGGAUGAGCUGUGUUUCAAACCUCACAAGCCUCUAAAUGAAUAAAGCACCAAAGCGCCCAAAUCGGCGCAGUCUGCAGCACAAUCAAACACUAAUGCAUGACACACAACGAGUUAAAUCAUGAGACGGAGAUGCGGAUCCCAAAAUAAUGCCAAGUUUUCUUCAAGAAAAUUCUGCAUGUAGACAUGAUUUUUAAUGAGAUGUAUCAUGAGCGAGAAUGUAAAACCUUUUGUAUCUAAGCUUUAAACCAAAACGAGGAUGAUGAUCCUGUGAGGUAACACCAGAUGCUGUUGUUGGUGUUCUGUUCUGUAUUCUGCUUGAUUCAAAGAACCUGAAAUGAAAGAAAAAACUGAGACGAGAACAAGAAGAAUCACACUCUUGACCCGAUCAAAGAUCACUUUCCCAGAAACCUUUGACCAUCAUCUGUAACAAAAGGAAACACUAUUUAAAGAUGUAAAUAUCAUUUUUUCUAAGUUGGCCAACAGAUUCUGAGGUGUUGUUUUUUCUUUUUUUUUUAGUGCUUUCUACCAGUUUGAGAGCAGAGAUUUGAUUUCAUAAUGAAAUACAUUAUUUUUUCCAAGUUGUCCAUUGUUCUUUAUUCUGGAACUCUGAUUUGAAAAGCUCUUUUAAUGUGUUAUUUUUCUCUCUCUCAUGAAUGUAAAAAGGAGUGUAUUUUUUAUUUUAUUUAAAAUGUUAUUUUAUUUCCAAAACAUGUUAAAAAAAACAUUUUUAUAGCUUUUUAUCAAAGAUACUGGAUUUCAAAUGCUGCAAGUUUGUUAAAUGAGAUUUUUUUACAUUUGGUUUUUAUCACUUUUUUCACUAUAAAUAUAUGGUCUGUUUUGUAUAUUUGCCUUGCUGGUUCUUUAUUGAAAUGACGUGAUUUAUGAACAUUUAAAACAAUUUGAAUAAAUCCUUUUUGUUAAAAAAAAA